UAUGCGACAUCGAAAGACAGAGACAAGUUUGGGGAACGAGGACGUGCAUGUAUAUUUUUGGGCUAUUCAUUUUCUCAACGAGGUUGGAAAAUAAUGGACCUGGAAUCUGAGAAACAUUUUGUUUCUCGCGACGUAACAUUUGUGGAAAAUAUAUUCCCUUUUGCUCCACAAAAUUCUGAUCAUUCAGUUGGGAACUAUGAAUCUUUUGUUAAGGCCCGUGAGGAUCCGUCACGUCAUGCAUUCACAAAAGAGGACGAAGCAAUUCAGAAUUCUCUAGCACAUGAGGAACACACGCGAGUGGGCGGCGGUCAUCAAUUAAUUACUACGGUUGACCCAUAUUCUAUGCAUGAAGAGCAUGUAUCUGCCGACACUAUACAUGGUCAAAAAGAGCCUGAGAUGGCAGUAUCAGAACCCACCCAUGCUCUUCCAGAAAUUGUGGAGCCUGCAUGUAAUAUUAAUUCUGACAAUUCAUCCUUAUCCGUUGAUCCCACAACAGUCACGCAUAAUUCUCUUCUUGGACGAGGACGACGGCAGAAAAUUCCUUCAUCCCGGUUGAAAAAUUAUGUAGAACUUAACGCCACCUGUGUAGGCCCACCUCCUUCACGCUCUCCAUCGGUGUCUUCAGCGAUUGCUCAGGAAAAAGAACCCACCACAUAUCGAGAAGCGGUCCGUGAUGCUCGUUGGAGGAAGGCCAUGCAGCUUGAGAUAGAUGCUCUUGAAAAAAAUGGGACUUGGACCUUGGUUGAUUUACCGCCUAAUAAAAAGCCUAUUCAUUCUAAAUGGGUUUAUAAAAUCAAAUAUCAUAGUACAGGAUCAAUUGAACGGUUCAAGGCUCGUCUGGUGGUUUGUGGUAAUCGUCAAGUUGAAGGGAUUGAUUACCAUGAGACGUUUGCUCCGGUCGCUAAGAUGACUAUGGUUCGUAUCUUACUUACCGUUGCCGCUUCUAAAAAUUGGGAAUUGCAUCAAAUGGAUGUGGAUAAUGCAUUUCUUCAUGGUACUCUUGAUGAAGAAGUGUAUAUGUAUCCGCCACCUGGAUUUUCUCCUGCCCAUUCUCGGAAAGUGUGUCGCCUUCAGCGCUCCCUUUAUGGACUCCGACAGGCACCGAGAUGUUGGUUUACUAAACUUAGUACAUCACUUCAAGCUUAUGGUUUCCAACGCUCGUAUGCCGAUUAUUCUCUUUUCACCAUGGUGCACAACUCACAUUUUUUGUGUGUACUUGUAUAUGUGGACGAUCUUUUAAUUGCAGGGUCAGAUUCUGUUCAAAUUGCUCAACUGAAAGCCUAUCUUGCUAAAUGUUUUCCCAUAAAAGAUCUUGGUCGUCUUAAAUAUUUUUUGGGCAUUGAGGUGGCUCGCAGUCUGGCUGGUAUUUUUUUGUGUCAGAGAAAAUAUACACUGGAUAUUCUAGAAGAACUUGGAUUGACUGGUUCGCGGCCCUCUCCUUUUCCCAUGGAACAAAACCAGAAACUAGCUCUAUCUACUAGUGCACCACUUUCUAAUCCUGAUCAAUAUAGGCGGCUCGUUGGCAAAUUAAUCUACUUGACUCUAACCAGACCAGAACUAUGCUAUUAUGUUCAUGUUCUCGCACAAUUCAUGCAAGAACCUCGCACGGAUCACUGGGAUGCCGCCGUUCGUGUUUUACGGUACUUGAAGGGUCAACCAGGACAAGGGAUUUUUCUUCCAGCCGAUUCUGAUUUAUCUCCCCGCGGGUUUUGUGAUUCUGAUUGGGCGGCGUGUCCUUUGAGUCGACGCUCGCUGACCGGUUAUAUUGUUUUCUUGGGUAAUUCUCCGGUAUCCUGGAAAACUAAGAAACAACCUACGGUAUCUAGAUCAUCUGCUGAAGCUGAAUAUCGGUCACUCGCUACUUUAGGUUGUGAAUUGUUAUGGGUUCGAAACCUGCUUCGCUCUUUGGGGGUUGCACUCUAUCGUCCUAUGUCAGUUUUUUGUGAUAAUAAGGCUGCACUUCAUAUUGCUUCCAAUCCUGUGUUUCAUGAACGCACAAAACAUAUUGAAAUAGACUGUCAUUUUGUUCGGGAUCUUAUUCAGAACAGUACUAUUGCUGCUUAUCAUAUCCCUUCUACGCAACAGUUAGCUGAUAUUCUCACUAAACCAUUGGGUGCUCAACAAUUUUCCUUUCUCCUGCGCAAGUUGGGCAUCAUGAACCCCUCUGCUCCCACUUGAGGGGGGGUGUGCGGACUGAUGAUUGAUUUAUGUCCAUAUUAUUGCUUAUUAUAUUUUCCUUAUUUGUAAUAUUUGCAAUUAGUAUCGUAGGCAUAUCAUUUGUUU